AUGGCUGUGACAUUCACAAAGCCCAAGAAGCAAUUCACGUGGCUGAUUACCGGUUGCUCGUCAGGUUUCGGUCUCUCUCUAACACGCAUUGUCCAGGCAGCAGGACACAACGUCAUCGCAACUUCACGUAAUCCAUCACGCACGCCAGAUUUGGUGGCCGAAGUCGAAGGCAAAGGAGGAAAAUGGGUCCGCUUAGAUGUCGAUGAUCUCAACAGCACACAGGUCAUCAAGAACUUGGAAAGCUCAGGUCAAGAGGUCGAUGUGCUAGUGAACAAUGCAGGGUACUCAAUUCACUCGCCUGUCGAGACCUUUGCGGAAGAAGAAAUCCGUGCGCAAAUGGAGUCAAUGUACUUUGGCCCAAUUCGACUGAUUCAGGCCGUGCUACCGUACAUGAGGAAGCGGCGCUUUGGUAUCAUUGUGAAUAUGAGCACUGGUGCGGCCCUCGAAGGUAGAGAUAGCAUGGGCGGGUAUGCAGGAGCCAAAGCUGGACUCGAUGUACGAACAACAGGCCUGACAAAGGUCCUUGCCAAAGAAAUAGCGCCAUUCAACAUUCGAACACUUACCGUCGGCCUCGGCGCCUUCAACACAAACAUGGGCAGUGCCGCGGGUAUGCCGAAGAAUCCGCUACCAGAGGACUAUCAAGGAUCUGUCGCGGAACAAACGAUGCAAUCCAUCACGAGUGGCAAGAUGCCGUGGCUUGGAGACAAGGAUAAGGCAAUGAAGGCUGUCUACGACGUUGUAGUUGGAGAAGGCGCGGGCGCUGGUCACGAAGCUGAAAGGUUCUUGCCCUUGGGUACCGACAUGUUUGCUCGCGUAACGACUGUUCGAGACUAUCUGUCCCAUGCCCAAGAAGUUUUCGGCGACAUCACAAAUAAUGUAGGUAUCGACAAACGAUUUUGGGGCUUAGAAGAGAGCAGUCAGCCUGGGCGAAUGCCUUGA